AUGCUCCUUACCAGAGAUAGCGAGAAUGCCUGGUACCUUAACGAUGACAGUGAGAGUUUGCCUCGCUUCCGCGCAGCAAGGGAUUAUCUGACUAGCCAGAAAUCCGCUUGGACGCCUUCUGCUGUCCUGUUUGGAAAUUUUUCCCCGCCGUCAGCUCUAACCGCAGAAGACCACCAUCGUUCCGAGACCCCCCUCCGAUUCACAGCAGCAAAUCCUGUUCAUUACUCGGAACGUUACCUUUCGAAACGACGACAUGGCGCAGAAAACGUAAACAUACAUGGAUGGAAAACACGACUCCCUGAUGUCGUAGGACCGCCUGCCAUUGCUGUAUCCAGCGCUUGGGAGUCCUUUGGCAGUGACAGCUGCAGUAGCUUAGCAAGCUCUCCUCUUCCGCUUAAUUCAGAAAAAGGUAGCACAUUAAGAUUGGCGGUGACCACGAAAUCGGCCAGUAACAGGCCAGAGCCAGUGUUUACCGUUGGGAGCGAAAGCUCCGAUGCAGGUGAUGAUGCGAGGAGGGUCGCAGGCGGAAUAUCCCUCGACGGUUCAGAGGAAGAUGGCUUUUGUUUUUCGAACGUUUCUGAUACGAUCGACAAGCUUAUCAACGAUUCUCUACACAGACACUGCAAGGACGGGCCUCCAGAUGCAGAAAGCAAAUCCUCAGUUUACAAUCUAGAGGAGUCGAAGAAUAUCGGAAAUUUCCGGCAAGGUCCGCCGUAUGCGACUUCAGAGGGAUGGGCUGCAGCGGCAGCGGCAGCGGCUUUUGCCGCUGCCUCCAUAAGCCACAGGAAAGACUUACAAGUGGGGCUCCUCGAGAGCGGCACGAAAACUGACUUGAAAACAGGCAUUACACUGGAGCCAGAAGAGGUUGACGCCUUCAUUCGGGCUAAAUGUAAGACCGAAGAAGUGGCUGCACGCAUUAGAAAGAAAGUCACAGCAGCGCGAGAAGCUCGGACAGUAUUGGGGUACUCGCCGCAGCCACGUUUGUCACACGUAAAAUUGUCGACGAGGGUUCCCGUCGCAGCCCCUUCUCUCAGAGUUAACAGAAAGCAUGGGUGCACGCAUUCCCACCUCCCUCCCAAAACUGAAAUUCCUUCUCGUCAAAAUCCUAGAGCAUACGAUAUAACAACUAGCACAAUCUCCAGCUCAAGUAACCGAACCAAAGGCGCUAAGGUGCAACCCAAGACCAAGAGUCUCCAUUUGCCAGCGCGAAGAAAAACAAAAGAGAUAUCAGUGGAACAGAUAGCCGCUGAGAACUUCCUCGCAGUGGGAGUAAGGCUGCAGCCAGAAAAUUCAAAGCGACUGCAUACGUCCACAGAAAGUGUCGCCAAAAACUGUCGAAGAACGGACUCUGACCUCCUUUCCCGUAGUAUUGCAGGCGUCAACCCCAGACCACGGUGUGACAGCGAUACGUUUCACCGCUCCGUGGAAACAUCUGUUGCCCCAGCGCCCAUUGUUGUUUCUGAGGUAACGCACGUAGUGAGCAACAACGGAACGUUCAGGCGGUCUCCCCCCAUCGCUGAAAUGAUACCAUACGAAAAGCCUCUAGUGCAAGCGCUGACGGGAAUUGGGGACUCGAGGAGCCCUAUGAAAGCACAACAUUCUGUAUAUAUUCGUCCCUCUCAAGAUAGUCUGACGAAAAGGAGAAGAGAUUCGAAAGCCUAUCCUGCAUCUGCCCCCAUUUCUCCCAUUUCAGAUGUUGCAAGAGGCAAUAGGGUUGCACCAGCAGACGGGAAAUCAUCUGGAAUAUCAACAGAUGCAACCGCAACGGCGCUAACAGCUACAACACAAUUAGCAGUUCGAGUUAAAGAGGGGCUUCCUCAAGUGUGCGCAGUAUCAACUGGAAGCCAGCGAGUGGGUAAGUUGAAGAGUCAUACAACUGUCCCACUGUACGCUUCUCGUCCAACUAACAACGAAUCUGCCGAAGCUUCCACGAAACUGCCACAGACAGCAGCUGCCAACAAGCCAUCCGUGCCUAGUCUGCAACCUGCGGCUCUAAGGCAUCUCGCUCGAGUCAUGUGGAAAGCUGUCAGCAAAGCUUUUGCAAGAGAGCUGCGCAAUAGUGCAUUUGCAUUUUUUCGAAGCUGCUUCAACGGAAAAUCUCCCAAAUCACCUCCAUCGCUAGACAGUGUAGCUCCUGGAACCGCUGCUGCUCCGGCGGUGACAACGCCGCCCAGUUCGCAGAAUCCUCAGUCUGCCCAUGGAAUGGCGACGGAUGAAUGCGAGCAGAAUAGCUCUGGCUUGUAUAACUGCUUUCAAGCUGAGGAAAGCUGUGAGCCCCCUGCUAGCAUGGUACGAUUGUUUUACAUAAGCACGCAUUGCGGAAGCAAGUGUACCACGGGGGCUCUACAAACCCAUGAGGUUUCCAGCGGCGAACAGCCGGUCAUCCCCAGCUUAGUUCAUCCCAACGAUAUUAGCGCGCGUCCUACUUCCGACACUGAUGAUGGUGCGGCAAGUGUCGCCUCUGCUGCCAACUCAUCAGCUUCUCGCGUUGAAUAUCAAGAAAACCGGGAGCUGCCGCUAACAGCAGAUGAACCAGAAGACGAAAAUGUAGCUUCUGGCGUUGACGCUACUCAUGCUUCUCAGCCAGUUCCAGCGUGCUCAAAGGCUCCUAUUCCCAUAUAUUGUGAAAACGUGCCGGACAUAGCGGAUAAGACGCUAACUGAAACAGUGGCUGUACAACUGGGCGCUACAGAAUUUUUUUCGCAGACGAGCAAGGUUCAGCAGCAGCAUGGGUACCUGCUCCAGCCUCUACUCUACACGUCAAGGCGUAAGCCUCCUAUGGAAGCAGCAACUAAACUAGGAACCCCAACACUCUCUUGCGGCAGUGCCACCUGUAGACGACUCCCGGAAAUGCUGGACCAACAUAAGUUGCACGAGCCCAGAAAGUCAAAGGAGCAGGACAACCAAAUCCAGGAGCCACGGCCUGGAGAACAUUUGGGGGAAGCCGAGCGCCGGGAACAGGGGAAUGAACUAACAGAGUGGCCGGCUACACUGGUUCACGAAGACACAGGAUUUUUUUCUUGCCCAGCCACACCACAGCGGACGGCGGUUUUGAGGCUCGAGCACCGUGCUUGCGAUAUCGAAGGGCAGAUGGUCUACCACGAAGUAAUGGCUUCGCCGAAUCGCCAGAUUUCACGGCAACUAACAGCCUUAACACCAAGAACGUUAUCUGGGCAUGAAUCACACAGGAAAUCGCAGCGACAAUCAUUCCCAGAGCGCGUUCUUUCAUCGCACCGUUUUCCUUGUGCGCCCAGGUUACAGCAGCGCGUUUCCCAGACGCUAUCCUCAGCAUGCCCGUCACGGGGUCACAGUUUGAAUCAAUCUGAAUUGCUCGAUGUAAACGGGCUAGAAAAACGACGCAACUCUCUAGAGCAGCUAGCAACAACAUCGACACGCGAAACUGCAAUACCACUGGGCCAAAAAAAUGAUUUGGUGGAGGAAUAUGUCAGCAACUCGAUGCUCUCUACUUUGGCCUCCCCAGAAGGCAUCAGGUCACAGCAGAUCAGCGAUAACCGAGAGGAAAAGCUAGUCUCAUGCGCAGAGGGCAUUCGCCUCAUAAGCGAUCGCGAAAGUGUGGCGGACAAGCUCAGACAGCAGCUUGCCGCCGAGAGGCAGUCGUUCAGCUAUCAGUUCAGGCUGCUCGACACCAGCAGGACAGAAGCGGAAGCGCGCAGUAUUCCACUUGUGCAACAUCCAACUCAAGAGAGGCCAGUAGAAGCACACCAUGAUCGACUCCCAAAGCAGGAGAAGCUGCACUACGAAGAACCUGCGCCUGAAACGCCUAUGAUGACCAAGAAGUCUAGGGAUGGGCAGACGAGAAAACAACAGGAAGACAAAACACAUGAAGAGAAGCAGGAAGGUUUUGCAUAUGAAGGGAGUCUAGGAUCAAAUGUACCGUUGGCGGAGCAUGCCGGCACUGCUUGGACGCCUCAACAAAGGCGGUCUGCUAUUCCUUCGUGUCCGCACACGCAAGCGCAAAGCGCUCAACACCAGGAGCUGGAGCACCAAGCAGGGCAAACCUCAUUCGUCGUUCAUCAGGUUCUCCGGGGACUCGUAGACCGGAUGGAAUAUUUUAAGCAGAAUUUUGCUUCCGCUCAGCAUUUGCAAAGCUUCCAUGUAACAAACCUAGAGAGUCAGCACCGCCCAUUGAAUGUAGAACAACUCUCCAGGGUGCCAAAGACAUCUCGAAAUGCUGAAAGCCAUAAUGAAGGUCAUUCAAGUAAUUUGUUGCCCAUGAGUUGCCAACAUCAGAAUCAGCUUCGUGGGGGAGAAUCUACUCAGCUCUGCAUCGUGGGGAAAUCGAUGGCGAACGAUAUGAAGCACAGCUCAACCGUCCUCUCAUUCCCUACAAUAAAUGACAUUUCAACCAGCUCACUCCACUGGAGGAACCAACAUAAGCUGGCUCCAGAGGAUAAGAAGCUGCGGGAGGACUCAGGAGAGGCAGUGAUUGUUGCGCAGAAGUUGAUUCCCGAAAACCGUCAUGCUGCGGUGAAAAAACGGGACAUAACUGUCGAAAAGCCGGUGCUUCCACAGAGCAAAAAAUCUGCAGGCAUUGCGAACAAACAACUCCAAGCAGUAAGAGCCUUUGUAGAAGCGCCAACAACUGCAAGAAGCCAGAUUCCAGAAGACAAUGAAGAUCAGGGUGCUGCAAGACACGCUCCGCUUGGACUGCGGGGACGGCGAUUGCGCCAUGCACAGUUAAUGUCAAAGGAGCCAUCGACUCUUGGCCGCGGCAGAUUUACCCCUUUUGGCAGACACGUGGGUGCACAGCUGUCUACAGGAAAGGCGAAAAAGGAUUACACUUAUACGAACUCUCCCUUAGCAUCCCCCGCGAUAUCAAGAGUUGAAGCAGUCCGUGCCAGGCGCAAAUAUAACGCGCUUGGUUUGUUUCCGAUUUCGUAUGGUGCUGUCCAGUCGCGCGUAGGUGGGCAAAACCACCGGCAAAUGAAAGGGGAAAUUAGCGGCGGAGAAGAGAAAUUUGUUGGAAAGAAGAGCAGCCUACAUAUAAAGGUGCCCUGCUUAAAACUCGUUGAUUUGGCUCAAGCGGCGCAACAGGCACCUCCAUCAGGUUGUUCAUUAUCUUGUUCGUCUGAGAUCUCCACAACCGGUAGUCACCUUCCUGUAGACCUCACCGGUGCAAGCACGGAAGGUUCUUCAGUGAAGGCGCUCAGGCAAACCAGCUGCAGCCUCUUGAAUGGUUCAGAAAAAUUCGGAAAACCCAAAUGCAACAGACCAUCCAAGGGAGAACAGGAAACCGGUCUCAAGCAAAACGGUGUAGCCCUAAUAGACGCUCCGUGCCUGCAUACUCAGCCAACCGCUGCAAUGUUUAACGCAUGCCAAAAAAGUAGCUCACAUCCGCAAGAAUACAAUGCAACUGCUAAUUGCACCCUCGUUCCUUUGUCGGCUAAGUCUCCUUGCCACGAUGUCCUAACUAAGACGUCGUGGAACGGAACUGCGCGAGUGUCCCAGGAGAUAAGUGAGAACGUCCCAAUUCUCGUCAAAAACAAUUAUUUUGACCAGAAUAGGGCGGAAGAUAAAAAAACUCACGAGAGUGGACCUGAGGCAGCUCAAAGGCCCCCCGCUACCCGGCUUGUCAACAAGGAGAGGCGGAGAGACAGAAGAAUAGCUGUAACGCUUCGCGAACAGGUGACAGACGAGCCGGUAUUGAUACCGCCCUGCUUGAUGGCUUCGGAAGCUGAGUCCCUGGCAAAGCAACACUGUUGGAAGAGAGCGGCGACGCUAAAGGCUCGCUGCCUUCUGCUCUGGAAGGCAAUAGUUCUCCGGAAAGCUGCUGUAGAUGCAGCGGUUACGGACACGCCCAUCAGCGUUCGUUGUGCUUGCAUCCGUUGGUUGAUGGCCCUCAAGGGGGAAGCAGAAUGCUGA